AUGGAAGAUUUGCGAAUAAUCUCAUUGGAAGAAGUGUCGAAGCACAAUUUCGAGGACAAAAAAUCGUGUUGGAUUGUGAUUUCGGGAAAAGUUUAUGACGUCACCAAGUUUUUGAAUGAACAUCCGGGAGGAGAAGAAGUUAUCACACAAUUGGCUGGACAGGUUUGUAAAUUUUCAAGUGGAGUUUUGCUUGCAAAAUUUUUGAAUUUAUGAUUUUUUGCGAAAUUGAAAAAAAAACGUAUUUUCAUCAAAUAUUAUAACAUUUCGGGUUUCUUAUUAAAAUUUUGAAACGUAUAAUUUAAAGUUUUUCAAAUUGAACAAAAUCCUUCAAAAAUCGAAAUUUGCAGGACGCAACAGUUGGUUUCCUAGAUGUUGGGCAUUCAAAAGAUGCGACUGAAAUGGCAAAAGAAUAUUUGAUUGGCCGAUUAUCUGAAAAUGAAACACCAAAAGAAACCCAAACAAAAACUUCUUCAAAACCAGAAAAUGGAAGUGGAUUUGUUCAACAGUUUAUCGAAAUUAUGACUUCACCGACUUGGACAAACUUUUUAAUUCCAACAACUCUCGGAAUCAUCGUUUAUGUUGUCUACAAAUUUUUGUUUAAUUAA